AACCUCAUUCAUUCUCAGUCUUCUCAGCCAGAAAGUUCAUGCUUCAGAACUGAAGAGACGUGUCUUGCAAGAAGCUGCUGCGGCUGAGAAAUCCACCUGAAGACUGACAGAACAAACUCCUGUUCUGGGAGAGAAGAGGCCACAUUGAAGAAGGUCUGAAGUGCAGAGACGUGGUUUAAGGUGGCCUGGUGGUUUUUACCUCUGACCUCCAGCAAGUACUACAAACAAGAAAAGAUUCUGAAGAAUCAAUCAAGCUUUCUGCCGAGGCAGAGUAACACCUUUGUCUUAACCACUAGCCGGAGAAAUGAAGCACAUUAUCAAUCUACAUGAAAACAUCAACGAUACAGCAAGAAAUAAUUCAGACUGUCCUCAUGUGGUUUUGCCGGAAGAGAUAUUUUUUAUAAUAUCCAUCAUCGGGGUUUUGGAAAAUCUGAUGGUCCUUCUAGCUGUGAUCAAGAAUAAGAAUCUGCAGUCACCCAUGUACUUUUUCAUUUGCAGCCUGGCCAUUUCUGAUAUGAUGGGCAGCUUGUAUAAGAUCCUUGAAAAUAUCCUGAUCGUGUUCAGAAACAUGGGUUAUCUCAAGCCUCGGGGCAAUUUUGAGACCACAGCGGAUGACAUUAUGGACUCCCUGUUCAUCCUCUCCCUCCUUGGUUCCAUUUUCAGCCUGUCUGUGAUAGCAGCUGACCGCUACUUUACAAUCUUCCACGCUCUGCAGUACCACAGCAUUGUGACCAUGCGCCGAGCCAUCGUUGUCCUGACGGUCAUCUGGACAGGCUGCACAGGCGGUGCCAUUACCAUGGUUAUCUUCUCUCAUCACGUCCCCACAGUGAUCACCUUCACGUCGCUGUUCCCUCUGAUGUUGGUCUUUAUCCUGUGCCUUUAUGUGCACAUGUUCUUGCUUGCCCGUUCCCACGCCAGGAAGAUCUUGACGCUUCCCAGAGCCAACAUGAAAGGGGCCAUCACACUGACCAUCCUGCUUGGAGUCUUCAUCUUCUGUUGGGCUCCCUUUGUCCUUCAUGUUCUGUUGAUGACAUUUUGCCCAAAUAACCCUUACUGCGCCUGCUACAUGUCCCUCUUCCAGGUGAACGGCAUGUUGAUCAUGUGCAAUGCGGUCAUUGACCCCUUUAUAUAUGCCUUCAGGAGCCCUGAGCUCAGGGAGGCAUUUAAGAAGAUGAUCUUCUGCAGUAGGUCCUAGUGGAAUUAUUGGUCCCUGAUUUUAGAAGCAACAGGGAUAAUUUUGUCAAGUAACAGAAUAACAUGACACACCAACAAAUGCUCAUGCUUCCCCGCGGAUCCGUCCUUUCCUUAAUGUGCGCAAGGGUUAUCCCACUAACUAGUGUUUGUAAUAGCUUAGUCCUGUGUGAAGAGUCUUGCCGUAGGUUACAACUUUUAUGACCACAGAGAGAAAACAAUGCAUGAAAAAGAAUGACCGACUACAAAGCACAGAUGGCAAUAUAAACAUAUAAAUCUAAGAGUUUUUGCACUAAGGUAAAAACUUGCUCUUCUAUAGAUAUCUAGCAAGCCUGUUGCUGAGAUUGCCUUCCUAGGCUGGAGGGCGUUGUAAUCAGUUUCUAGAAGUUAAAGCGCCAGGACUGAUGCUCAGGGCACAAGCUACAACGUGUUUGUAAGCAAGUGAAAGGUGCCAAUAAAUUACUGCAACUAUCCAGCAUAGCCACACAGAAUCCCUGCCCUCCCCCCUCCUUCCUGCCUGCUUGCUUUACUGUAUUCCACCUUAAAUCUUUUUUUCAAUCUUUUGGAGCCCAACACAGGGCUUGAACUCAUGACCCUGAGGCCAAAAUCUGAGCUGAGAUCAAGAGUCAGACAUCCAAAGGACUGAGUCAUUUGAGACGGUGCCCCAUCUCAAAUCUUUUUGGAAGUAGGCAGGGCAUAAAUUAUCAAUGUCAAAUAAGCGGCUCUGAGUGUCCAAUAAUAAAGGAAACUUCUCUGUUAGCCCUCUUUGCUCAUGGAGUAUCCCACUGGCCUUAAAAUCCUUUCCUGUUAAAACUCUCAUGAUUCAGAAGCAUAAAUUUCAGAGGAGGAAAUAAAAAUUUAAUACAUGACCAUGUGGAAAUAAAUAAAGGCCAGAGGAAAAAUGUGA